CAUAGAAAUUUAUUUUCAUCUACUUUUUUCAUUGUAAUUGGGGAAAAUGACGGCUGGUUCAGUGUGUGUCCCUCAGAUCAUACCAUUGCGAGUUCCUCAGCCUGGAAAAGCCAACCAUGAAAUUGAUAACAAGACACUUUUGGAAAUGAAAUCUGAUACCCCAGAUGUCACUAUAUAUUAUACACUAGAUGGCAGCAAACCUGAAUUUCUAAAGAAAAUUGGUUAUAGUGAAAAUAGCACAUUUAAGUAUAUGAAACCUAUUACUUUACCUGAUGGAAAAAUACAAGUGAGAGCUAUUGCAGUGUCUAAAGACUGCAGAGAGAGUGGCAUUGUGACAAAAGUAUUUCAGGUGGGCCAUGAACCACCAAAUGCAAUUUCUUUGGAAGACAAUGUCGAAAGUGUUCUACGAGAGUCUUCAAAUCAGGAACUGAAAAAUGGAUUUGUUGGAUCAAAACUAAGGAAGAAAUAUAAACAUGUUGAAAAUAAACUGGGUUGGAAUGUUAGAAAGUUUUCAGACCUCAGGGUAGGAGAAAAAACUGACCCGAAAGCUUUGAAAGAUCUUCGAUUCUCUAAGAGCCCACUGGAAAAUUCCAUUUACCAUGAAGAAUCAGGUCCUAAUCUACCCACCUACCAGUCCCAGUUUCCUAGUUUUGCACACAUAACUGGCCAGAAGAGUUUGACAAGCACAGAAAUUACAAGAAUUCAGAGGGACACAGACUUUCUGAAGUGUGCCUAUUGCCUUGCUGUCCGCCCAUCUGAUCCAUUUGCUCGAUUCUGUCAAGAAUGUGGUGCUCCUGUCCCACCCAUAUUUGGCUAUCGUCUCCCACCCCCAGAAGGAGCACAGAUGGGCUUAUGUGCAGAGUGUGGAAACCUGGUGCCCAUGAAUACCCGCAUCUGUGUGGUGUGUGAGGCUCCUCUUGCUCCACAGUUGCAGCCCCAGGCCAGCCUACAUUUGAAGGAGAAAGUUAUCUGUCACACCUGUGGCACAGGGAAUCCUGCUCACCUGAGCCACUGUGUCACCUGUGAGAGAAGCCUGCCUACAUUACCUCAGUCCCUGUGCAGGGAAAAUAAAGCCUCUUCUCCAUCCUCUCAACAAAGGGAGACCAUUACCUGCUCCAGAUGUGGUCACCAGAAUCCCCAGAAAACUUUCUCCUGUGAUUUGUGUGGAAUCAUGUAUGGUAUUCCUUCUUUCUACUCUGUUUGCCCUAAAUGUGGGGCCAGCAAUCAUCCAUCUGCCCAGUUCUGUGUCUCCUGUGGUUUUUACGUGAGGUGUCUGACCAGACUUAGCAUGAACCACAGUUUGAGUCCAAAUCCUGGAGAACUCGGCCCUUUCACUGAGCCUAAAUUGGCCUGGCAAUCCCUAAGUGUUCCUUUGUCCAAAUCUGAUGCUGGAAGUAAGAAAGAUGUAGGCACCCAAACCACUGGCCUAUUCUACCCAUCUGGCAAGCUACUAGCCAAAAAGGAAAUGGAAAUGGCUUUUCAAAGACAGCAGCAGAAGAAAAUGAAUGACCAUAAACCUCUGCUCACAGCUAUCAGUCCUGGAAGAGGAUACUGGAGAAAACAAUUAGAUCACAUCUCUGCUCACCUCCGGUCUUAUGCUCAGAACAACCCUGAAUUUCGGGCCUUGGUUGCAGAACCCAGGAUGGGAAAGCUCAUCUCUGCUACUGUCCAUCAAGAUGGUUAUGAAGUUAGCCUCAGGCUGAAUUAUAUUCAAGUCUCAAACAAGAAUCUUUACUUCAACAAGUCAGCUAAUUUCAGCGACCAGUAUCUGAGCAGUGUCACUGAGGGGAGUAAUGGGCACUUUGGCAGCAGAUCCAGCCUGGUGAGUGAUUAUAGCCAGAGCAUGUCUGAUACAACUGAAAAAAUUAAGAAGACAAAGAAUUUCAAAAUCAAAACUUUUCAAGAAAAGGAGGAAAAGAUAACACCUGAAAACAGACUCCUGUUGAAGGAAGUCGGACCACUAGGAGAAGGAAGAGUCUCUGUGAUUGAACGCCUGCUGGAUGAAGGAGCAGAUCCCAACUGCAGUGAUAAUGAAGAUCGACCUGUUAUAACUGUGGCUGUUGUGAAUAAACACCAUGAAGCCAUUCCCAUUCUCCUGGAGAGAGGAGCAGACAUUGACCAGCAGUGGGGACCGCUUCAAAAUACAGCCCUUCAUGAAGCAACUCUGCUUGGCCUGGCAGGAAGAGAGUCUAUUGCCACUUUACUUCGAUACAAUGCCAGCAUCCAGAAGAAGAACUUGAGAGGCGAGACAGCAUGUGACCUAGCUCUGAAACUUGGAGAUGAGCUCAUCACCUCACUCUUUGCUGCCAAGCUCAGCCUUGACUGUUAGAUGAGGCUGCCAGUGAGGUCUUUAGUUUUUAAAUGUAAAGAAACCAGGUUUAGGGGCUAGAGCAACAGCACAACAGGUAGGUAUUUGCCUUGCAUGCAGCCAACCUGGGUUCAAUACCCAGCAUCCCAUAUGGUCCUCUAAACCUGCCAGGAGUAAUUUCUGAGCACAAAGCCAAGAAUAAGUGCUUGAGUACUGCCAGUUGUGACCCAAAAACCAAAAGAAAAACAAAUUAUGCUUAUUUUGUUUUG